ACCUCACCCCAUGGGCUGGGGGGCUGGGGGGGGGGCGCUGAUCGGUAGCCUCUGACACCGGUCCCCCCCAACCCCCGUGUCCCCAGCGCCAUGGGGGAGUGGGCGUUCCUGGGCUCGCUGCUGGACGCCGUGCAGCUGCAGUCGCCGCUCGUGGGCCGCCUGUGGCUGGUGGUCAUGCUGAUCUUCCGCAUCCUGGUGCUGGCCACGGUGGGCGGCGCCGUGUUCGAGGACGAGCAGGAGGAGUUCGUGUGCAACACGCUGCAGCCCGGCUGCCGCCAGACCUGCUACGACCGCGCCUUCCCGGUCUCCCACUACCGCUUCUGGCUCUUCCACAUCCUGCUGCUCUCGGCGCCCCCCGUGCUCUUCGUCAUCUACUCGGUGCACCGCGCCGGCAAGCAGGCGGGCGGCGCGGACGAUGGGCCCGGGCCGCCCCCGCGCCGCCGCUGCUACCUGCUGAGCGUGGCGCUGCGCCUGCUGGCCGAGCUGGCCUUCCUGGCGGGCCAGGCGCUGCUCUACGGCUUCCGCGUGGCCCCGCACUUCGCGUGCGCCGGCCCUCCGUGCCCGCACACCGUGGACUGCUUCGUGAGCCGGCCCACCGAGAAGACCGUCUUCGUGCUCUUCUACUUCGCCGUGGGGCUGCUCUCGGCGCUGCUCAGCGUGGCCGAGCUGGGCCACCUGCUCUGGAAGGGCCGCCCGCGCGCCGGGCGCCGUCGCCAGGCGGCAGAGCGCGACGGCCGCCGCCACCGCGCGCGCCCCGACCCCUGCGGCCCCCCCGCCUACCCGCACCCGGCGCCGGCCAGCGACAGCGAGGGCGGCAGCGGCCACAGCAAGGCGUCCCUGGCCACGGUCCGCCAGGACCUGGCCAUCUAGAGGCGGGCCGCGGGUGCUUCCCGGAGAACUGUCCCCGGGACCCUGCCCUGCAGCGUCCCCAGCACUUCCCGAGUGCGCCGGGUUGAGUGGGGGCCCCGUAGAUUGAACUGUGGCAGGUCCUUGU